AUGGGAGCGGUUCGGAGUGUGUUCGGCCCGCAAGGGGCCCGUCCAAGUGACGAUAACUCCACGGCAAAUAGGAACGAGGUGGAAGGGAUGGGGCACAUCGCUUGCAUGGCUGGGCAACUACAUGGGCGGGUUCCCCCAGGCGAGUUCUCCUCCAGCUUAACCCGUUCCCCCUACUCACCCCAAUCUUCCCCCCUCCCACUCCCCAGGCUGGGCAACUACAUCGGCGGGUUCCCCCAGGCGGCGAUGGACCCUCUGCUGGACCUCAUGUUCCUCCCCUCGGGCCUCAACCUCAAUAUAGUGCGAUUCAAUAUAGGCGGCGGCUCGCUUCCGCAGUACAGCCCGCAGCUUCACUCUGACGCGCUGCUGCGCUGGCGAGCCAUGCCGGGGUACUGGCCGGCGCAGGCAGCGGGGUUCAACUGGACGGCGGAUUCAAGGCAGCAGGAGGUGCUGCUGGGAGCCAAGGCCCGCGGGGUGAACGUGUUCGAGGCGUUUUCCAACAGCCCGCCCUGGUGGAUGACCGCGAGUAAAGACGUUGCGGGCGGGAAGAAGGCGUUUCAGACGAAUCUGCUGCGGAAAUACGAGGGGCGGUUUGCGAGAGCAGCACCGCAUCCCACCACACUCCACCACGGCUCCCGCCUCCUACACCCCGUUCCCCACACUCCCCUCCCCAUCUGUCCCUCCUCUCCAUGGGCCCCCCCUUCUCCUCUCUGGUCGCCUCUUAAGCUGCCACGUGUCCUAUCCCCAAGCCUCCGAGCCGCGUCUCGAGGCGCAUCAAAUGUGACCAUUAGAGCGUCCGGCGACGAUGGCGGAAGCGGAAGCGGCGCGUCGUCGUCUACCCGCCGGUCCGCGGCUCGGCGCUCACGACAAUACUCUUCCUCCGUGCAAGACGCGUCAGGAGGGCGGCGCGGGAGUGCUUCUAACGCGGGAGUGGAAAUCGACACGGAGUUAAUAGGCAUCGGCGCGAUGCUAUUGGCUGUCGGCGCGGGAAUCUGGGGAGUGUCGCGGUUCCUAGCGCGUGGCGGGAUCGGCAGUAGCGGGGAUAGUGACGAGGAAGAGGAGGGUGCGGGUAGCAAGAGUUCGUCGUUUAGUGCGGGUGACGACAAGGAGAAGCAGCGCAAGUGGCGGCAGCAGUCGAUGGCGAAAGUUAAGGAGUUAGCGCAGCAGCUUCGGUCAUUCAGGACCGUCGAUCUCAGCGGCAAGAGUCUGGGCGACGAGGGGUUCAAAUAUCUCGCAGAAUCUCUCGCCUUCAACAAUAGUGUUGAGAGUGUUGAUUUUUCCAACAACGGCAUCGGCCCUGAGGGCGUAAAGGCCCUGACGGAAGCUCUAGCCACGAACGCGUAUCUCAAGACGCUCAACCUUUCGGGGAACACAAUCGGGGACGAGGGCGCUAAAGUUCUCGCGGGGAUCAUGGAGCAGAACCGCGGCGUGCAGACGCUGCAGCUGAGCAGCAACGGGAUUGGCGAUGAGGGCAUGCGGGCAUUAGCGGAGAUGGUGAAGAAGAACGAAGCGAUCGUUUGCUUGGAGAUGAACAACAACGGCAUCGAGUACGAGCUGAGCAGCAACGGGAUCGGGGACGAGCGAGGGCAUGCGGGCGCUGGCGGAGGUGGUGAAGAAGAAGAACGAGUACGAGGUAUGAUGUGGGGGGAGGUAGAGGUUACGGAUAGAGAGAAUGUGAUCCGUGGGUGCAGCAGCAACGGGAUCGGGGACAGCGAGGGCAUGCGGGCGCUGGGGGGCGGAGGUGGUGAAGAAGAAGAACGAGUACGAGGUAUGAUGUGGGGGGAGGUAGAGGGCAUGCGGGCACUGGCAGAUAUGGUGAAGAAGAACGAGGCGAUUGUGUGCCUUGAGAUGAACAACAACGGGAUUGGGUACAAGGGCUGUGCUGCUCUCGCCGAUGCCCUCACCAGCACCAAGUCUCUGCGCUCGCUGCACCUCAAGGCUGUGCUGCUCUCGCCGAUGCGCUCACCAGCACCAAGUCUCUGCGUUCACUGCACCUCAAGGCUGUGCUGCUCUCGCCGAUGCGCUCACCAGCACCAAGUCUCUGCGUUCGCCGCACCUCAAUACACCUCAAGUGAGUGGGGGAGUGAGCGGGUGAGUGGGCGAGUGAAUAGGGCCUUCUGUUUUCGUCACUCCACUGCUCCGCUCCUCCCUCUUCUCCUCCUCCCUCCUCCCCUCCUCCUCCCGCCCUCCUCCCCUCCUCCCCUUCCCACCCCCCACCCCACCCCACCCUCUCCCCCACCCCCCCAGGAGUUGCGUUUCAAUGGGAAUGGAGUGGGGGACGAGGGAGCGCGAGUGCUGGCAUCGGGGCUGCUGGCGCACAAGGGCAAGCUGGAGUUGCAUUUCAACGGGAAUGGAGUGGGGGAUGAGGGAGCUCGAGUGCUGGCGUCUGGCCUUCUCGCGCACAAGGGCAAGCUGGUGACCAUCGACCUCAGCAACAACAGCAUGGGCUCCAAGGGGGCGGCUCAUAUCGCUGAGGUUAUCAAGAAGAGCCGCAGCCUGCAGUGGCUGAACCUCUAUAUGAACGACUUUGGAGACAAGGAAGCAGGGAGUAUGGGUGGGGGGAAAGGCGGCAUCAUGGGCUCCAAAAAGGCGGCUCACAUCGCUGAGGGAGGCAACAACAUUCAUGCAGAGGGCAUUGCUGCCAUCUGUGACGCACUCAAAGAGAACUCCACCAUCACCACUCUUGAGUUGGGCUACAACCCCAUCGGUCCAGAGGGUGCCAAGGCACUGGCAGACACGGUCAAGUUCCAUGGGAACGUGGAGACGCUGCGACUGGGGUGGUGCAAGAUAGGAGUGAAGGGAGCAGAGUACAUGGCGGAUGCGCUCAAGUACAACAGCACCAUCAACACUCUCGACCUAAGGGCCAACGCUCUGGGUGAUGAGGGGGCGGCCAUUUUGGCUUUAAGUCUCCGCGUGGUGAACGAGCAGCUCUCCUCGUUGGACCUGGGCUUUAAUGAGAUCCGCGACCGCGGGGCAUACGCCCUGGCAGAGGCGCUCAAGGCGAAUGGGGAGGCGGCAGUCGAGACUCUCAACCUUUCUAGCAACUACAUCACCAAAUACGGCCAGGUUGUUCUGAGCGAGGCCAAGGACCUGGUUGCUUUGAGCGAGGCCAAGGACCUGGUGGUUGCUCUGAGCGAGGCCAAGGACCUGGUGAGUGAGAUGAAUGACGGCAAGGAGGUCAACAUCUACUGGUGA